UGAGCGAACAUGUGAGCACUUAUGUUCAUCAGAUGAGAAGUCACUUUGAAUUACAUGUAUAUGAAAGACGCCUAACCUCUGGUAUUCUCAAAACGGGAAGGUUUCUAUUACAUUAACGUUAUUUUAAUAUAAUAUUUAAGUGUACAGCUUUUGUAACCGUAAUAUUGUGUAGUUUAGCAUGACCUGUGUCAGCUGUUGUUGUUAGAUUAAGUACAACAUGUCUGCCUGUAAAAGGCUGAUUUACCUCGCAAAGAAGAGGACCCUGUGGACGUAUUUGAGGAGAAAUGUCUCUACGUGGUCACCUGUCGGAGCUGCUUUUAAUGCCAAACCUCACAGAAGACUGGAUGCCUUUGAGAAAAACGUGGGGUUGUUUGCGGUACCUGAGCUCACCUGUCCAGCAGGCUUCCAGGUGGCCGCACGGACCGCCCUGCAGAACACGGAGCGGCUGCUGCACAGAGCCUGCAGCCGAGCCCCGGGUGUGGAGACGGUGCAGUGCUUUGACCAGCUCUCAGACGAGCUGUGCAAGGUGGCAGAUCUGGCAGACUUCAUAAAAGUAGCUCAUCCAGAUCCAGAAUACCGUGAGGCUGCAGAAAAGACCUGCAUCGAGAUCGGGACGGUUGUGGAAAAGCUGAACACUAAUGUCGAGUUAUGCAAGAGUCUAAAGAAUUUGCUGGAAGAUCCAAAAGUUGUUGCUCAACUGGACCCUGACACACGGCGAGUGGCGGAGUUGUUCAUGUUUGACUUUGAAAUAAGCGGGAUCCAUCUAGACGACAAACUGAGAAAAGAAGCUGUUGGUCUUCAUGUAAAGCUGUUGGAUCUAAACAACGAGUUUCUGAUGGGCUCGCACAUGCCCAACAGAAUCGCAAAGUCUGCCAUUCCUGAACAUCUGCACCUGCAAUUUGGAAGCGAGGGAAGCUUCAUUCAAAUCGGGGGAUUACAUGCAGAUUCCCCUGAUGACUUGCUACGAGAGAUUGCCUACAGGAUUUACCUCUAUCCCAAUGCAGAUCUGAUGCAGUGUCUGGAGGAGCUGCUGAAAUGCAGAUACAAACUGGCCAAACUGGUGGGCUACGAGUCGUAUGGGCACAGAGCCUUAAAGGGAACGAUGGCCAAAACACCAGAAACGGUGAUGAACUUUCUCCAGCUGUUAACAGACAAGCUCUCAGACAGAACGGCAAAAGACUUUCAGAUGAUGAGAGACAUGAAGAAGAAACUCAACCCUCGUAAUUCUGAGCUGAUGGCCUGGGAUCAUCCGUACCUCAGCGGUGUCUUGCGGGCCGAAAGGUACAACAUAGAGCCCAGUCUGUACAGCCCCUACCUGUCCCUCGGGGGCUGCAUGGAGGGUUUGAACAACCUUUUCUCUCAGCUGUACGGGGUCUCGCUCAUGUCAGAGCCCCCCAGCGCUGGAGAAGUUUGGAGUGAAGAUGUCCGCAAAUUGGCUGUGGUGCAUGAGACGGAGGGAUUACUGGGAUACAUCUACUGUGACUUUUUUCACCGGUCAGAUAAACCUCAUCAGGACUGUCACUUCACCAUCCGUGGUGGCCGCUGGUGUCAGGAGACGGGUCGGUACCAGCUGCCGGUGGUGGUGCUGAUGCUCAGCCUGCCCCAGCCCACCAGGAGCGCCCCCACCCUGCUCACUCCUGGCAUGAUGGAGAACCUCUUCCAUGAGAUGGGACACGCCAUGCACUCCAUGCUGGGCCGCACUCGCUACCAGCACGUGACGGGAACCAGAUGUGCCACUGAUUUUGCCGAAGUCCCCUCCAUCCUCAUGGAGUACUUUGCCACAGAUUAUAGAGUCAUCAGCCAGUUUGCACGGCACUAUCAAACCGGACAGCCUCUGCCAGAAAGUAUGGUGUCUCGUCUGGGUGAGUCCAAGAAGGUGUGUGGAGCAGCCGACACCCAGCUGCAGGUUUUCUACGCCGUCCUGGACCAGAUUUAUCAUGGAAAACCGCAGAACCGCUCCACCACAGAAGUCCUGACGCAGAUGCAGAAGAAGUUCUACGGCUUGCCUUAUACGCCCAACACGGCGUGGCAGCUGAGGUUCGGCCACCUGAUUGGCUACGGAGCCAAGUACUACUCUUACCUCAUGUCUCGCGCCGUGGCCUCGAUGGUGUGGAAGCAGUGCUUCAUCCAGGAUCCUUUAAACAGGGACAUGGGCGAGCGUUACCGCCGUGAGAUGCUGGCCCACGGAGGAGCCAAAGAGCCCAUGCUGAUGGUGGAAGGUAUGCUGCAGAGACAGCCCACCAUCGAGGACUUUGUGGACGCGCUGGUUUCUGAACUCAACCCCAACUUCGACACCUUCAUCAUGGACUCAGAAAGCUGAAAGAUGACGGAAAUUAACUUCACAAGUCAGAUAGCGAAGGCCAGCUGACAACAGACGUCGCACUACAGCUACCAAAUAGUCUCUUUGUCAGAAAAUAUCAUGUUUUUAUAUAGGUUGUAACUGUGAAAUUGGUUUCUUAAAAACAGUUGUCCUGUUCUCCCGUCAGCGUAACUUGAAGUAUAUUAAAGAUUAUGUCCUGUUGCACUUUUCCAGUUAUCGGGACUCCCUUGUGUUGCCAGUAAUUACAUUUCAGCAGGGUUAAUACCAACGCGUGCUGAGCCAAACACUCAGUUUCUGCAGUGACUUUAGUCUUUUUUUUUCUCAGUACUGACCUGAUGAAUGUAAUAAAUACAGGUUUCAUUGUUAAUUAUGGUUUUCAUCUUUUCUUUUGCUUUCAUUUUCAUGAAUUCACUAACUCCGCAGUCACAAACGCUUGCUAAAUAUCGAUUUUCCGCUCGCAUAACAUCAGAAGGUUGUUUUUUCCUGCUCAAAUCAGCAUGAGGAACAAUACUUAAUCUGUUCUUCCUGUCAUGUGGCCAUUGUUUAGGCUUUGAAUUAAUAGCGCUCCAUCUGUUUUGUCUCACAGGAGUUUCCAGGGAGCGGGGGGGGAGGGGGUUCGAGAGAGACACAUAUUUUUAAUUGUGGAUUUUCACAAUACUGAUGGUUCUGAUCUGAUUAAUAGCUGCUGUUUCAGAUUACAGGAAAAAAAAAACCCAUCAGUGAUCAGAUGUGCUGUUGGGGAAACUGUGUGUUUGUUUUUGAGAACAAGUCCUGUUUGGGUGAUAACCAGGACGUAAGGGUAAGGCAGCAGACUGGUAACUAAACGUACCCUCCGGGGCGUAGAGUCUGCACCGCACAACAGCUGUUAGCAUCUGUUUCAGACAGCCCUCAGUAGCUGAGUCAGGUCUGCAGCUGCUGCCUGAAACAAACCUCUGAGGUGACGAGGAAGAGGAGCUCUGUAACGUUGUUGAGGGCACGUUGUUGUAUUACCCUUCAAAAAAUGAAGGGUAAUAUAAGUUCCAGCAUGAUUCAACAGAUUGUAGAGCUUCGUUCAGCAGCAAUAAUUUGAAGUAGUUGUUUGUUUCCCCUACGACCCCAUCAGUCCCUCAAGUUGCGGAGGAAUGUUUUGACAACAUUGCUUCAGUUUAUUGAGGUUUAUUAGGCAUUUGCUUAUCCACAAUUGUGUUAGGAUCCCAUUUCAUUUGGGCUGAGGACCAGAUUUCGAUCAGGACGUUCCAAAACCUUUUUUAUUUUUUAGGCAUUCUGGUCUAAAUC